GGCGUGGGUACCGGGGGUGGAGGACUGCAGUUGCUGCGCCAUGAGGGCUACAAAUUAAGAGCCAUAUGCUACAGGGGAUCUUCCAAUGGUAACAAAAGAAGGUUUGCACAAAAAUUAAUAAAUGGACCCUGUUCAAAAAGAAGAAGAAGAAAUGUCAUCAGAUAACCAGAAAAAGGAUGCUCAAGAAACAAUUCUAAAGAAGAACGCUCUGAGAAGAGAAAGUGCUAGAAAAAAGUUGACUGAAGACAGCGAACAUGUUAUUAGGCAUCAAACAGAAGAAUUUGUAGAUCAGAAUUUCCAGGAAGAUGUGGCUGAUGUAGAAAAACGAAGGAGUGUAACUGAAGCAUUACGAGGUAGAGUAAGAGAGAAACUGAAAACAUACAAGGUUGUACAAGAAAAGUCCACAGACAAAAGCCUCUCUGAUACUAAAAUAUACCAGAAAAACCUUGAAGUGAGGACUGAGACAGAAAUCUUAUCAGAUGACGGCUUUACAUUUUUUAUUAUGACUGGUGAAGAAGGCUCAGAAUUAAAAGAUUUGGACAAAAAUACAUACCAGCAGAAAUUAAUACAUGACAGUCAUCGAGAUCUUGAUGUCUUGAAUGAUGAAAGUAGUCCUCUGCUUGACAGUGUGGAAGAAGUUUUAUUGCCAGAUGUGCUUGAAGUGAAAGCUGCUGAAUAUGAAUGCAAUGAACUGCAGAUUAACAAGCAAUGGGAACAUCUUUUUGUGCCAAGCAGUUCUCCAGUGGUUCAUAGCUUUAAACUACCAAGAGGCAUGAUGCCACGCAUCCUAGAAGAUGAAGGAUUGUAUAUUCCAAGAAAACCAGAAAUUUGUAGGAGAAGUUAUAACAAAAUGGAAAAUCGUCUUCUGAAGCAAGAAGGGGGCAAAAACUGGUUUGAAGAAAGUGGGGAAAUAAUUUCAUUACCUUCUCCAAUCAAACAAUCACGGAACUUCAGAAAAAGUUUUCCUCUUAAGACUGGUCCAGGAUUAAAGACAAUAUACAAGAAGGCAAUGCAACCUGAAUUGGAAAGCUGCAUCAUAACUAAAUCAGGGGGUCAAGGAGAACUUUAUCAGCUAGAUCUCAAUAUAUCAAGUUUAUUGUUCAGCCACCAUCCUCUUUUCAGCCAAGAACAUGUGUUGGCUGCUAGGUUGCUCCAACUUUAUGAAUGCUUUCAGAACAGACAACAGCAUAAUAUAGCUCUCUUGCUAUCUGAAAAGCUUAAAGCAUUAAUAAAUGCUACCAAAAUAAUAGAAAGUAGUUUGGAAGCAAGCCAACUGAGCAGGAAAACUUUAGAUGACUACCAAUGGCAAAUAAGAGAUACCAAGAAAUUGUAUGACCUAGAACAGCAAAAAGAUAUUUCUUUAAUACAUAGUAUGUUAAAAGUCUGGAAACAAAUAAAAUCUGUACGUAGACAGCAAGAAUAUACAAGUACACCUGUAAAAUUACAGUUUCAAAAAAGGCUGACAAAGAAAAAUAAUGAGGAUGAAUAUAAGGCAGGAUUAGCACAAGAUGCUGAAAAAGACAGAUGGCUGGAGGGAGAAGAUAAUAUUGAUAACCCUGACAAUAUUUCAGAGACCUGGGGAAAACAGAAGGGAUGUUUGGAUUCAGCUCCUCCAUUGGUGAGUUCAACACAACUUUCAGAGAUAAAGGAAUCCUUUUUCAUACCACUUCUCACUUUGACUGCAGAAAUAACAGCAGUGUCCAAGUGUCCCAUGUAUGAACAGAAGAGAAGAGCCAAAGUUCAGAGGCAACAGUAUUUUAUUAAAAUAUUUUACAAUGAAAAACAAGUCUCUUGCACUUCAGUAGCUCCCCUACAGCUGGAUUUUAGAGUAAUGUUUCAGCAAAUUUUUAGUAUUCAGUUAUUAAAUUGGCCUGAAUCUCUUCGAUUGGAGAUUUGUGAAUCAUCUAAAAGGACAAAUAUGUUGGCCAAAAUAUAUUUACCUAUUCCUGACAAUACUGUACUGCAAAGCAAAGGUGUAUUGGAACAGGCGGAAUUUAGCUGUGACCAGCAAGUUAAACCCACAAAUGGAGAAGUGGGAAGCAAUGUACCUUUUCUUCUGGAUGAAAAUGAAACUGAAAAGGUGUGUCUUUUGACAUCAGGAAAACUAAUGUAUUCCUUAUCCUGGGCGGUCGAUGAGGAAGGAAUUCCGUUAGCCCCUGUAUCUCAGAAAAUAAUCUCUGCUUGUUACAGUGUGCCAAGAAACAUAAAUGCAGAAAUAGCUACUGGACUCUUGUGGUUCACUGACAGACAGAAGCUUACUGAAUGGGCCAAAGAAGUCAAGAUUGAUCCUAAUGACCCUGAGUAUUCAGAUUUGAUAGAAUUCAUUAUGUAUGCAAGAUCCAAGGAACAAACUGUGUCAAAAUAUUUUCGUCUUGAACAGCUGCAAGAAGAAUUUAACUUUGUUACUGAAGAAGAGAUUAAAAAGUGUAAACGUUUCCAGCUGUUGCAGCUUAGGAAUUCAGAGCAAUUAGAUUUCUGCCAUUUUCGGCAAAUACCACUGUAUGAUAGAGAGAUACCAGAUGCAGUCAUUCAGGAAUAUGAAAGCCAGUUAGAGAAGGAUAUAUCAAUGACAGAUAUGGAUCCUAUUACUGCUCAAAGGAUUAGGUCUGCCAACUUUAUAAGGAAGAUGAGAAAACUAAUUUUAAAGCGACUUGUCAAAGUUAAGCACAAAUUUAAUUUAAUGGAUAUUGUGAGCGAUUAUGAAGAAAUUAUAUCUAUGAGCCAUUUGAGGAAUGCAGUUUUUAAGAUAGGUGAACGUAGAAGACAUUUAAAGCCGCAAAGAAAAGAAAGAAAAAAAGUUCCAGCGCAGACAGUUUCUGAUGGAGAUGUUAAGAUUCUUAUCAGAGUAUUGAGAGCUUAUAACAUUCCUACAAGAAAUCCAUCAGUUACUAGACCAACAGGUGUUCAUUUGCCAGCAUAUGCAAUUAAUCAGCUGUCCCGGAGUAGACAUCUACUAUCAGGCAACUCAUCACACACAUCUGAUCCUCUAAGUGAGGUGACUGUGCAUCCUUUUGUAGAAGUUUCUUUCCAGCACACAGUUUAUCAAACUAGCACUGCAGAUGGAUCUCAUCCAUGCUGGAAUGAAGAACUUCAAGUGGAUUUUAUAUCACCAGGACAUGAUUAUAGCUUUUCAGGACUGUCUAAAAUAAAAGACAAUAUAUAUGUCAACAUUUUUGAUGAAGUUAGGGUGGAAAAACAUGAGGAUACUUGUCUUAAGGGUUGCAGUGGCCACUCGUAUAUAAGAAAGAACUGGUUUGGAUCAGUUACUUUUCCUUUCUCUGCUCUUCUGGAACAAUCAAAGAUCUGUGGUACAUUUCAAGUAAAUACGCCACCAGUUUUGCUUGGCUACACUUGGAGCAAGCCCUGUGCAUCUCAUAAAGAAGAGCACUGUGGACAGAAUUUAAAAGAAUAUACCUUUUUAACCAUCUUUGCUACGAUUGAACCUCAGCUAUCUUCUGUUGAAAAUGAUUUAGAAUCAGAUAAGUUUGCAGAUCAUGAAGAUGAAACACUUUCGCAAAGAGCAUGCAUUUUAAAAAAAAAUUGCAAGGCAAAAUUUCCAAAAAGAAGAAUAAUAACCUCUGUUUUUGACAAUGAAGGACGAAAUAUUUUAGUUACAAAAUAUAUUAGGGCACUAAAUCCACCACAGCUGCUACUAGAUAUGUAUCUUGACGAUCCUAAUGCAACUUUUGAUCUUAUUUCUCAAUUUGUGUCUUUAAUUCCUUGUGUAUCAGAUACAUUGGAUGAAAAUGCUGAUGUUGAUGUUUGGAUGACAUCAGAGCAUUGCAUCAAUUUGGCUAUUGGAAAUAAAGGAGAGCAUGCAGUGCUUCUGUGUAACUACCUUCUGUAUUUUGGGAAAAAAGCAUGGGUGCUGUUGGGAACAUCAGUGUUAGAAGGGAAAGUGGCAUAUGUAUUAACUCAUGAAAAUGAAGAAUAUUUCCUUUGGAAUCCCUUGAAUGGACAGUGUUAUAAACAGUUUGAUACAUUUUGUCCCCUACAAAGUGUUGACUGCUUAAUCAAUAGGGAAAAUGUCUGGUUCAAUACACAGCAAAACAGUUCACCAAUGUGCGUAAGUUUUGAAAUUUCAAAGGAAGGUUUUUGGAGGCAAUUUCUACCAUACAAUUUUCAAUGCAUAAAAACACAAACUGUACAGCCAAAAGAAAUACUUUACACCCCUACUAAUGGAAGCAUGGUAGAAGAACUACGGAACAGGAUCGAAAAGACCUUAAAAAGUAAAAUAAUGGAAUGGCGAUUUCAGCAACCAACUCGGUGGCAUCGACAGUGUACUGCUCUUCUACGACAAAUUCUUCCCAAGCUAGAAUUAAGAAAUAGGAUCUUUGUUACAGACAAAGAAGAAAAUGAAUUGGAAAGUUUACUGGAACAUUAUUGGGUGACAGGAUACCCUAUCCAGAUGCCAUACACAGAUUUACCAUCAAUAAGCGAGGCUGUGUAUCAAACUGGCAUUCAUUCUUCAGAAAUCCCAAACACAGAAUUUGCUCUUGCUGUGUAUAUUCAUCCAUACCCAAACAACAUCUUAUCUGUAUGGAUCUACUUAGUUUCUUUGGUCCGUCAUCAGUAAACAGUGCUGAAUUCAAUUAUAAUUAAACUAAGUUACUACAUGUUACCUCUCAUAGUUUAAGAUGGUUAUUUAGGCAUGAGAGCUGGGACAUGAGAAGGUAAUUUUAUACCACAAGAGAUAAGCCAGUACUAUUUAUUGUACAUUAAUAGAAUUUUGUUAAUGUAGAGAGAUUGUAGUUUUUAAAAAUUCUAAUUAGAUCCAGUAGAUCUAUUAUAAAUUGACUUUAUCAUUUUUGCUAAUUUCCCAAUAAUCUGAGACCAGCAUUAAACUCCUGUAAAUCAUUAGAAUUAUAUUUAGUGUCCAGAGAAGUUGUUUAAAUGAUUUCUUGGAAAGUAGAGAGUAAACCCUUUGAGGAAAGAUCUUAAUGGGUUGUUUUAUAAAAGAAUUAGAAUUUAGGGUCUUGCUGCCUCAACACAGUGAAUUUCAAACAUUUCAAGAGUAACACAUAGUUGAUACUAUUAGUUAAAUAAGGUGCUGUAGAAUAUUGUGGAAUGCAUAUUAAUGUUUGACUGGUAAAGACAUAGUAGAUUACAAUGGUGAAUGUGAAAGUUGUGUAAUAAAAUACAAGUUUGUAACUUUAAUAUCCAGAAGGCUUCCCUAAAUCUUAAGGCAUUGUCCUACUCCUUUGAAAUCAUUGGGGGCAGGAACAGAUCCUUAGUGUCAUUGCUAACUUGUGAAGUUCACUUUGUGUGUUAUGUUUUAUAUUCUUUUAAUUUUCAGUUCUACGUUUUUUUGGAAUGAUUAAUGGCAAAUAUUUUGUUCAAGUAGUGUUAUGAAAAUCCUUACUUUCCUUUAGCAGAAUGUUUAUGUUGUU